AUGUCAACCACCUUGCUCAGCUGGACGUCAGGGAAACUUCAACGGCAGCCCGUAGCGACGGCCGCGAGCUGCCAACUUAGAGGUCCUCGCAUAUUUGUCACCGACCAAGUCACAAAGCGGCGGUUCCUCGUCGACUAUGACUCCGACAUAUGUUGCUUUCCCCGAACCUUCCUGCGUGACAAACGUCCUCGCACGUCCUCUGAGCUCAGCGCGGUGAACCAUUUGAGCAUCAAGACCUACGGCUCGCUCCCCUUUAACAGCAACUUCAAAAACCUCUGUCGAGAUUUUUUAUGGAAUUUCGUCAUCGCCGACGUCACAGAGCCGAUAAUCGGGCCCGACUUCUUAGCCUACUACAGUCUUCUACCUGACUGCCGAUAUGACCGACUUUUUGACGCUACAACAGGUUUCUUCACGCCGGGCCAAUGUGCGACCACCCUACAGCCUAACGUCAAGGCACUCACCAUUGGGAACCAGUUGCCAUACCAUGAUAUUCUCGCAGAAUUUCCCGACCUGACUCGAGCUAGCGGGCGUCCGCGAGAGGUGCGCCACUCAACCGUGCACUACAUUCGUGCUAAUCCCGGCCCCUGGUCUCAUGCCGCGCCCGUCGGCUAG